GAUGUACGUCUACAACCCCAAGUUAACGACUACCACCCAGUCUUAUCCAAUCUUCCAGUUAGCAGCAUAUCCUCUUCCAUGGUUCCCUUUUGAUUCUUCCUCAAUCUGCAUCUCCAUCUCCUCCCAUCAUCCAUUAAUCCGAACCAGAAAUGGCUACAGCAGCAUCAGCAACAUUUCGCCUCACUCAGCCAUCAUCAUCGAUGAGUUCAUCGUCGUCUUCUCCCAGAUCCAAACCUCACCUCACCUUUCCCUUCAAACCCUACACCCUUUUACCACUUCCCAAAUACCCUAAGCUCCAAAUCGCUUCAAAAUCAAUUGAUGUCUCCAAAGAAGAUAAACCAGUUUUGGAUCCUGUUUCAGAACCAGUACCAGAACCGGAAUUCUCAAUAGAAUCCAUACCGCAAACAGACGAGUUCGACAAACGCAGGCUAGAGGAGAAAUUCGCCGUCCUAAAUACCGGAAUCUACGAAUGCAAAUCGUGUGGAUACUUGUACAACGAGGCCGCCGGUGACCCGUCGUAUCCGAUAGCACCUGGUUUGCCGUUCGAUAAGUUGCCGGAGGAUUGGAGGUGUCCGACGUGUGGUGCCGCCAAGACCUUCUUUCAGGGUAAGAGUGUGGAGAUUGCUGGAUUCGCUCAGAACCAACAGUUCGGAUUGGGGGGAAACACUUUGACUUCCGGCCAGAAGGCCAUUCUCAUCUAUGGUAGCCUUCUCUUCUUCUUCGUCUUGUUCUUGUCUGGUUAUUUUCUUCAAUGAAAGCAGAUAAUAUGGUGGGUAUAGAUUUAAAGGGAUUUUUGUAAUUUGUAUACCAUUUCUUCCAUGAUUUCUGAAAAUUCAUUGAUAAGAGGUUUUUGGAUGGUGAAGAUGAUGAUGUGGGUAGGAUUCUUGAUGAUUGAUUUGAUCUUCA